AUGUCGCAGGAACACAGUACCCCGUCAUCGCCGCCCCAAUACCAGGUUCUGCCUGCUGAAUAUGCGGAUGAAGUAGAGGACGACGAUGUGGUAAUGGCACAAACAACGACAUAUCCUCCACCUUCAUCUCCCCAGCCCCGACACCAAACUAGAAGCCCUAUACCGCCUUUCCGUCCUCUAUCACCGCCGCCAGGAUCCUACAUCCCUCCGGACCUUUACUUAGACUCUUCAGAGAUCCCACAAAUGGGCGAUUCUACCGCGCAGCCAGGGUCCUCCGAGGCUGCUCGACCCCGGAACCAUUUUUCUCGCCAAAUCCGUCGCUAUCCUCAGCCUCCACCGCCGCAGAAGAUAGUUCCCGCACUCGAGACCCCGCCAAGCACCCGACCAGAUGGGGCACUGGAUAUUCGAGACUUUCGUGGUAAUCCAUUCCUCUCCGACCUGCCGCUAGACGAUUCCCCGCCGCCUUUGAAGUAUGAGGAUUUCGUUGCGCCGCUCCUCCGCAAGUUCCCUCAGCAUGACCAAAGAAUUAAUUUUCGGAAGCGUCUCGGUGAGGGUCUCGAAGGGGUCGUCUAUAGGGUCUGGUUCGGCCCCGGCCCGCCACAUUUCGCGCUUAAGAUCUUUUGGAAUAGUCGAUCGAGCUUAGCUCAGAGCAAACACAACACCAACCGACACUGGCCACUCGUCAACGAAUGCCAGACAGUAGCCAGGAUUGAAAAGAUACGAUGGCAACUAGAUCACGCCGAAGAGCCGAUCAUGGUGAAGCGCAAAAUCAUGAACGGCGAUGACAUGCGGCAUAACAUGCGGUGCUUUAGCGAGGGGGGUCGGACGCACCCAAAAUGUGCCUUCGAGGACGCUGUGCCAAUGCCGCCUGCUGACACCAUUGUCCGUUGCCAUGGCUGGUUGACAAUCCCCCGUGAUUCGCUUCCGCCCGAUUUCCAUCAUGCCCGCAGCAUUGCCAAUCCACCGUAUUACGAGGAAACGUCGCACUACUUCGCCUUGGUCUACGAUUACGUUCAACGAAGCCCCCGGGAUCUUGAGUUCUACGUCAUGCAAGAAAAUAUCGAUUUCUUCUACUACGCGGGCUUCACCUACUGGUAUCGGAAGCCGAACAAUUGGCGAGGCGAGAGGUUGGUAGAUUUCGGGGACCUGGCAUCACCGUUCCGGUCCCGCCCAGAUUGGCACGGUCCACCCACCCAUUCAACAUCGCUGAACUUCUUUGGGCGGUUACGGGAGGUCCGAGGCCUUGACACUGGUAGGAAAAAAGCAGGUGAGGAAGCCAAGGAGAAGGUGGACGAAGAAGCGAAGGGAAAGGGGGCGGAGGAAAAGGGGGCGGAGGAAAAAGAUCGUGGGGAGAAGGAUUACGGUGAUGGAGAAGACAAUGACGAUAGUGUUCAGAAUGGCAAUAGGGAAUAG